AAGAAACUAGUUUAAGCUCAGGCCUUUCUAAGAGCUUAUCAGAACAAACUAAAGCUCAAGUUUUAAAUAGCCAAGAACCAAAAGCUUUAUCAACACAAAAAGCACAAGAAGCACAUAUAGUAACAGACUUAAAAGUCAGCAAAGCAUUAAACAAAAAAAAUACUGAUUCUGUAAAAAAUGAUGAUGCUUUGUUUACAUCUGCUGACAACACAUACACAGAAAUUAAAACUGAGACAGCUAAAAAAGAACCAACUGAAGAUACUCCAAAGGAACUAACCAAUUCCUUAAUAGAAAAUCAUUUCAUAGAUACCAACAUAAUAGAGAUACCAACAUAA